CUAAAAGUUAUAAACUAUUUACAAUUUGCUCAGUUUUUAUUUUUUUAAAAUGGACAAAUUUAUUAUAAAGAAACCUCGUCUGGAUAUUGAGAGUGAGGGGGAAUCUCGAUCGAUAAACGUUGCAACAUGUUCAAAUGAUUUUUCCAAUCCAUCUACUUCUCAGGCCACUACCACCAGCUGUUCCAGUUUCCAAGGAUGUUUAAAGACUCAAGUCGAAGUUGAAGGAUUGGUAUUUGCAAAAAAUGAUAUUGGGCAUUUUGUUGGAGUAUCAAACAUAAGUGAUGCAGAUAAGAUAACUUUAUUACGAAGAGUAUGGGAACCUUUGCCUUCCCACAAGUUCUGUGUUGAAAUUAUUGGGUCAAAGAAACGCACUUUCCAAGUUAAAUGGCUGCAGAGAUUUCCUUGGUUGGCCUACUCUGAUAAGCUGAAAGGUGCAUUUUGUAAAUUAUGUGUAGUAUUUUGUCCAUCAGCAGUUGGUAGUGGAUAUCAUGAGUCUCCGGAAAACUUAGUAAAAAAAGCUUUCCGUAAAUGGAAAGACGCCAUUGAAGUUUUUCAGAAGCAUUCUAGGACAAAAUACCAUCAACACUCAAGCAUAGCAAAGGAUGAAUUUUUUAAAGUUUUUGAUGGACAACAGCAAAAUGUAAUUCAACAAUUGCAGAAAAAAAAAUAA